UUCGUGUUCCACUUUACACGCCUUUCGAAUCCUUAUCUAAUAUCUGCCUUGAUUCGCGUUCCCAGGUCUGGGGAGUCGAUUCACUCAGUGGAGGGGGAGAAAAAUCAGCCAGGAACCCUUGGUGGCAAAACCAAGCUUCAGUCGCUGAAGCAGCUGUGAAGCAUUCACGUAAUAGGCUGGAGGCUUGAUGGUGUUCUUCAGUUUUCUCUCAGUUCCUCUGGUUGCCUGCCCCUUUUGAAACCUAAAACUUUCUCUCACUUCUAAGGCUAUCGCUCAAUCUCUUUCUUUUAUAAAACCACACCUCUCUCUUUUACAUGAGCAUGCACAUUCUCAUUAAACUGUUCAUAACACCUCAUGUUCCAUAAUGGGGAGAAGGUCAUCGACAGCGAAAGCUAAAGGCUUGAGUAAUGAAGUCGCAAUAGGACCAAAUGUUUCGACGAUCUCGUCCUCGUUUCCUAGACGUUCGUCCAGAGUGACUCGUAACUCGUUGGCUAGAAGCAACGAACAACCCGAAUUGGUCGUUCCAGAUACCGAAGAUGACGAAGAAACCGAUGGAAUGGCUAUCGACAUACCCCGCCGUAAUCGCAUCGAAGUCGCUAUUCCAGUGAGAAAAAUUAAUACUCCCUCGACCGCUUCCUCGACCAUAGCCACCGAAGAUAUCUCCGCAGACGGGACGACCGAGUAUAAUACCCCAGCAACAAGCGUUGCGGAGACACCGGCUGCACCAGAUACUUCCGAGAAGAGAAAGCGAGUCAGUGCUUCUGCACGUGCAUCGGAGCUGCGGUCAAGUGCAUUGGCUCUCAAGACCCGAUCCACGGCCAAAAGAUCUCAUUCUCUGGUGGCCACGGAGGAAUCUGAACCAGAGACCGCAGAUGCAGUUUUGGCGAGAGAUCUUCAACUCCAAGAAUACGACAGACCUCUGAGAAAACGUCAGAAGACCUCAAGAGCUAAAAAUUCCGUUGAAAUCCGGGAUUCGUUUGAUACCGAAAGCUUCUUGUCCGAGCUGUCUGAUGGAGACGGAGAAUUUGAUGGUUCUGAGUCUAGUGAUGGUCAGACAGGCCCAGCCACCAGAAGAAGUUUGCGGUCGAAGAAGGUGACAAAAAUGCCGAUUAUUGAUACCAAUGCUGUUGACGAUGAGAAGGACGAAAGCUACGUUGAAGAUUUUGAAAGCAGUGACUCUGAAGUCGAAGAAGAACCGGUCUUGGAAAACUCGCCGAGACCCGAAGCAACAAACAGGACCCCAACUCCCCCCCCUCAGCCCUGGCCCCAGAGACCUCUUAGUCCAGCUGACAUGCCGGAUGGAUGGACCAAAAGAGCCUGGAGAGAACGGAAGAAACUUGAAAAACAACACCCCUGCAUCACCACCAUGUGGGGAGAUCUAGAGAACACGCUAAUCAUCACACCUGUCCCAGCCCAGCAGCCUGCUCGCAUCUCCAGACAGCUGAAGUCCUUCCAACUUGAGGGCUUGAAUUGGAUGGUACAACAGGAAAAAACUGCGUACAGAGGAGGCCUGCUGGGAGACGAGAUGGGCAUGGGGAAAACAAUUCAAGCCGUGUCAUUGGUGAUGUCUGAUUAUCCAGCUGGUAAGCCAUCGCUGGUCCUUGUGCCCCCCGUGGCGCUGAUGCAAUGGCAAUCCGAAAUCAAGGAAUAUACAAAUGGCCAGUUGAAAGUUCUGGUCUACCAUAAUACAAACCCCAAAGUGAAGAAUCUCAGAAAGGAAGAUUUGGAGACUUACGAUGUCAUCAUGAUUUCCUAUUCUGGUCUCGAGUCUAUUUAUCGAAAAGAACUGAAGGGCUGGAACCGUAAUGACGGCAUUGUGAAAGAGGAUAGUGUGAUUCACUCCAUCCACUACCACCGACUUAUUCUUGAUGAAGCGCAUAGUAUCAAGCAACGCACAACAAGUGUCGCUCGAGCUUGUUUUGCCCUCAAGGCCGACUAUAGGUGGUGCCUAUCCGGUACACCUGUGCAGAACCGCAUUGGAGAAUUCUUUUCCCUCUUGCGCUUCCUCGAAGUGCGUCCAUUUGCCUGCUACUUUUGCAAGCAAUGCCCCUGCCAGCAACUGCACUGGUCUCAAGAUGCCGAGAAAAAAUGUACCUUUUGCCAGCACAGUGGCUUUAGCCAUGUGUCGAUUUUCAACCAGGAGAUUCUCAAUCCUAUUACGGAACACGAUUCACCCGAGAAAAGAGCGGAUGCUCUAAAGAAGUUGCGCCUCAUAACUGACCGGAUCAUGCUUAGACGAAUGAAGAAGGAUCAUACAUCUUCUAUGGAGCUUCCGCCGAAGCGAGUGGUGCUCCACAGCGAAUUCUUUGGUGAAAUCGAACGAGACUUCUCCCAAAGCAUCAUGACCAACUCGAGCCGACAGUUCGACACGUAUGUGAGCCGCGGCGUCAUGUUGAACAACUACGCCAACAUCUUCGGUCUCAUCAUGCAGAUGCGUCAGGUGUCGAACCACCCCGAUCUGAUUUUGAAGAAGCAUGCCGAGAUUGGCCAGAACGUUCUGGUGUGCAGCAUCUGUGACGAGCCGGCCGAAGAAGCGAUCCGCUCUCGUUGCCGCCAUGAGUUCUGUCGCCAGUGUGCGAAAGAUUACAUCCGCUCCUUCGAUAGCGACUCUACAAUCGACUGUCCCCGGUGCCACAUCCCGCUCUCGAUUGAUUUCGAGCAGCCCGAUAUCGACCAAGAGGAAGACAACAUCAAGAAGAAUUCGAUCAUCAACCGGAUCAAGAUGGAGGACUGGACUUCAUCGACCAAAAUCGAAAUGCUCAUCUACGAUCUGUACCAGCUGCGAGGCAAGAAACAGACUCACAAGUCAAUUGUCUUCUCCCAGUUCACCUCGAUGCUCCAGCUGGUGGAAUGGCGUCUCCGCCGGGCCGGGUUCAACACCGUGAUGCUGGACGGCACGAUGACCCCGGCCCAGCGGCAGAAGUCGAUCGACUACUUUAUGAAAAACGUCGAUGUGGAGGUGUUUCUCGUCUCUCUGAAGGCGGGAGGCGUGGCGCUGAACCUGACCGAGGCGUCUCGGGUUUUCAUCAUCGAUCCGUGGUGGAACCCUGCAGCGGAAUGGCAGAGCGCCGACCGAUGCCAUCGGAUCGGCCAGCGACGACCUUGUGUCAUUACUCGGCUGUGUAUUGAGGACUCGGUGGAGUCUCGCAUUGUGCUGCUCCAGGAGAAGAAGGCCAACAUGAUCAAGGGCACAAUCAACAAGGAUCAGGGAGCGGCGUUGGAAAAACUGACUCCUGAGGACAUGCAGUUUCUUUUCCGAGGGUCCUGAUCCGAACUGCAUUGAACAACCAGUGUCUAGCUUGAAGCUAUCGGUAUGCCGACAGAGACCUCUCAGCGAACAUUAGCAGGUGGAGAGACUGCGUAAUAGAAAAUAGCAAAAACGACAAAAAUACGAGAAAUUGCUUAAA